AGAAAAUACAAAAAGGGAGAAAAAAAGUUCAUAAUUACAUAAUUCAGUUGCUAUGGAAAUAUAUGACCACAUAAAAGGAAGUCCAUUCUGAUAAUUCUGAUACCUGAGAUGUAACUGGACUGAAGAGUAGAACAGGAAAAAUUUUAUUGCCAACCUAGUUACAAUGGCCACUGAUUCAGGGGAGCCAGCUAGCACAGAAGAUUCUGAGAAACCUGAUGGAGUUUCCUUUGAAACCAGGAUUCCUCAGGUUGCUGCAACUUUGACAGUAGAAGCUAGACUAAAGGAAAAAACCAGCAUGUUUUCUGCUACUGGGGAAACCAUAGAAAGAAAGAGAUUCUUCCGUAAGAGUGUUGAGAUGAGAGAAGACGACAAAGUUGCUGAAUCUUCCCCCAAAGAGGAGAGAAUAAAGGCUGCAACAAGUAUUCCAAGAGUAGAUAAGCUUCCUACAAAUGUGCUAAGAGGUGGACAAGAAGUCAAAUAUGAGCAGUGUUCAAAAGCAACCUUGGAAUCCUCAAAAGAUUGCUUCAAGGAGAAAAAUGAAAAGGAAAUGGAAGAAGAAGCAGAAAUGAAGGCUGUAGCCACUUCUCCUAGUGGCAGGUUCCUGAAGUUUGACAUAGAGCUGGGAAGAGGAGCAUUUAAAACAGUAUAUAAAGGACUGGACACCGAAACAUGGGUUGAAGUUGCUUGGUGUGAGCUGCAGGAUCGGAAGUUAACCAAAGCUGAGCAACAGAGGUUUAAGGAAGAAGCAGAGAUGUUGAAAGGUCUCCAGCACCCCAAUAUAGUUCGAUUUUAUGAUUCCUGGGAAUCUAUAUUAAAAGGAAAGAAAUGCAUUGUAUUAGUGACUGAAUUAAUGACAUCAGGAACUUUAAAGACGUACUUAAAGCGAUUUAAAGUCAUGAAACCAAAGGUCUUAAGAAGCUGGUGCCGACAAAUUUUAAAAGGGUUGCAGUUCUUGCACACUAGAACUCCUCCUAUUAUUCACCGGGAUCUGAAGUGUGACAACAUUUUUAUCACGGGACCCACUGGAUCUGUGAAGAUUGGUGAUCUGGGACUGGCCACCUUAAUGCGUACAUCAUUUGCUAAGAGUGUCAUUGGAACUCCUGAGUUUAUGGCUCCAGAAAUGUAUGAAGAGCACUAUGAUGAAUCCGUAGAUGUCUAUGCUUUUGGAAUGUGUAUGUUGGAAAUGGCUACUUCCGAAUACCCUUAUUCUGAGUGCCAGAAUGCAGCUCAAAUAUACCGUAAAGUUACCAGUGGCAUUAAACCGGCCAGCUUUAAUAAAGUCACUGAUCCUGAAGUGAAAGAAAUCAUUGAAGGAUGUAUUCGUCAAAACAAAUCUGAAAGGUUGUCUAUCAGGAACCUACUAAACCACGCAUUUUUUGCUGAGGAUACAGGACUGAGGGUAGAGCUAGCCGAGGAAGAUGAUUGCUCAAAUUCAUUCCUGGCUUUAAGACUCUGGGUUGAAGACCCUAAAAAAUUAAAAGGCAAACACAAAGACAAUGAAGCUAUUGAAUUCAGUUUCAAUUUAGAAACAGAUACACCUGAGGAAGUAGCAUAUGAAAUGGUCAAGUCUGGAUUCUUCCAUGAAAGUGAUUCCAAAGCUGUUGCUAAAUCUAUUAGAGACCGGGUGACCCUGAUAAAAAAGACAAGGGAGAAGAAGCCUGCUGGAUGUUUGGAAGAACGCAGAGAUUCCCAGUGUAAGUCUAUGGGAAACGUACUUCCUCAGCAGCAAACUACAACUUUGCCUCCUACUCCUGCUCAGCACACUGGGGCCGAAUGUGAAGAAACUGAAGUUGAUCAACAUGUUCGACAGCAGCUUCUACACAAAAAACCACAACAGCACUGCCCCUCCAUUAGAGGUGACAAUUUGCCUGAGGCAGGAGCUGGAUCAGUUACACAUUCAGAUACAUCAAGUCAGCCCAGUGUAGCUUAUUCCUCAAACCAGACGAGGGGCUCUCAAAUGGUUUCUAGUGUCCCACAGGCUGAUAUAAAUGUUCCAGGGCAAAUUUAUCCGUCUCAGCAACUGGUGGGACAUUGCCAGCAAGUUUCAGGGUUACAAAGGCAGCCAAAUCUGACUCAGCCCCAAAUUUUGCCUGUGGUUCAAGGUCAGUCCACUGUUUUGCCUGUACAUGUCCUUGGACCUACAGUUGUUUCACAGUCCCAAGUUUCCCCAUUACCUAUGCAGAAGGUCUCACAGAUAAAGCCCAUACUCCAACCAGUCGGAGCUGAACAACAAGCAGCUCUUCAAAAACCAGAUUUAAUUCGAAGCUUGAAUCAAGAUGUGGCAGCUAUGAAGGAGAACACCAAUAACCCUGAUAACCCAGGUGGAAAUGGCAAACAGGAUCGGAUCAAACAAAGAAGAGCUUCCUGUCCCCGACCAGAAAAGGGGACUAAAUUUCAACUUACUGUCCUUCAGGUGUCAACCUCUGGAGACAACAUGGUAGAAUGCCAGCUAGAAACACACAACAAUAAGAUGGUCACCUUCAAAUUUGAUGUUGAUGGUGAUGCACCAGAGGAUAUUGCAGACUAUAUGGUUGAAGAUAACUUUGUGCUGGAAAAUGAGAAGGAUAAAUUUGUGGAAGAAUUGAGGGCUAUCGUAGGUCAAGCCCAGGAGAUCCUUCAUGUGCACUCUUCUGCAGAAAAAGUCAUUGGAGUUGACUCUGUUACCUUGGAUUCUAACAGUAAUCAAACAGGAUCAUCUGAACAAGUACAGAUAAAUUCUGCUUCUACCCAAACCAGCAAUGAAUCUGCUCCUCAGUCAUCUCCAGUUGGUCGGUGGCGAUUCUGUAUCAAUCAGACAAUAAGAAACCGUGAAGCUCAGUCUCCUCCUCUUCAGCCUUCGAUGGCUGCAAUCACUGGGCUACAUCCACUUCCUAGUUCAAGAAACAAAAGUAAUAAGGAAAUAUCACAAGACACACUGCUCACUAUAGAAAAUAAUCCAUGCCAGCAAGCACUUUUUACCUCCAAAUCAGAAAACAAGGAUGUAGUUGAUGGUAAGAUUUCUGAAUGUGCUAGUGUAAAAAGCAAGCAGCCAGCUAUACUUUUUCAAGUGGAAGAUGACAGGCAGAUAAUGACACCAGUUACUAGUAGUUCCACUCAUACUGCCACUUCAGUUCCAGUUGAAUGUGAGGGACUCACUGGCCAAACAGGCAUGUUCAUACCUGUAUAUUCAUGUCACCAAGCUGCCAGUCAGGCUGAUGUACUUGUAGCCCAUGCUGGAAAAUCAACUCAGAUUGCUGGUAAUGCUGUUCCAACCUCAGCAUUUGUGUCUGAUCAAAAGCCUCAGUUCUUACCAGUACAGCAGCCAACUAUGGAUGCAGAGUUUAUUUCCCAAGAAGGAGAAACCACAGUGAACACUGAGGCAAAUUCUCCUAAGGCAGUCGUUCCCACUCAGACCCCUGGCCUCGAACCAACUACCCUUUUACCCACUACUAUCCUAGAAUCAGAUGGAGAAAGACCUCCAAAAAUGGAGUUUGCAGACAACCGAAUUAAAACUCUGGAUGAAAAAUUAAGAAACUUGCUCUAUCAGGAACACAGCAUCUCUAGCAUCUAUCCGGAGAGCCAAAAGGAUACCCAAAGCAUAGACUCUCCGUUUUCUUCCUCUGCCGAAGAUACGCUGUCCUGUCCAAUGCCAGAAGUCAUAGCCAUCAGUCACUGUGGAAUUCAAGAUAGCCCUGCACAAUCCCCUAAUUUCCAACAGAUGGGCUCUAAGAUUCUGUCCAAUAUGGCUGCAAGUCAGCCUGCUAACAUAUCAGUGUUCAAAAGGGAUCUGAAUGUGAUAACUUCUGUACCCAGCGAAUUGUGUUUACAUGAGAUGUCCCCAGAUGCUUCACUUCCAGGGGAUCCAGAGGCCUAUCCUGCUGCUGUGUCAAGUGGUGGAGCCAUUCAUCUGCAGACAGGAGGUGGAUAUUUUGGCCUAAGCUUUACUUGUCCUAGUCUCAAAAAUCCUAUUAGCAAGAAAUCCUGGACUCGCAAAUUAAAAAGCUGGGCAUACAGGCUACGUCAGUCAACCAGCUUUUUCAAGAGAUCAAAAGUCCGUCAAGUGGAAACAGAAGAUAUAAGAUCAGCAAUUGCUCCUGAUCCCAUUCCUCUGACACGGGAGUCCACAGCUGAUACUAGGGCUUUGAGUAGAUGUAAAGCGAUACAUGGAUCAUUUCAGCGGGGUCGGUUUCAGGUGAUUACAGUUCCUCAGCAGCAGUCAUUGAAAGUGACAUCUUUUGGACUAGAACACAGACCAACAUUCAAGGAAAUAUCAAAUCAGUCUAGUGAAGAAGCUGUGGCCUUUAGUGAAACUGCAAAGUCUCAGUUGGUAGAAGUGGAACCUGCCAUGUACAAUCCUCAGAUUUCAGACUCUUCUCAGAAGUUACAAACUCUUCAUGAAACCUUUAAAGAAGAUAAAGGGAUUUCUAAACAAUUAGACAACUUCCUGUCUUUGAGCACAGCUUGUGAGACUGAUGUAUCUUCAGUGACCCCAGAAAAAGAAUUAGAAGAAACUUCAGCCCUGGAAAGUAGCAUGCAAUCUGGAUCUGAACUGUUGCUUAAAGAGAGAGAGAUACUGCCUGGUGAGAAACAGCCUAGUUCUAAUAGUGAAUUUUCAGCCACUCUUGCUGAUAAUGGAAAGGCAGUGGCAAAAACUGGUACAGAAAGUGAUCAGGGUUUACCCCUUCAUGAAGAACGAGCCUAUGCUCAAACACAGAGUUCACUCUUCUAUUCACCGUCUUCCCCAAUGAGCAGUGAUGAUGAGUCAGAAAUGGAGGAUGAAGACUUGAAAGUGGAGCUUCAGAGAUUACGAGAAAAACACAUUCAGGAGGUGGUAAAUCUUCAAACCCAGCAGAAUAAAGAGCUUCAGGAGCUCUAUGAACGCCUUCGGUCAAUUAAAGAUAGCAAAGCACAAUCUUCAGAGAUUCCUUUGCCGCCUGCAUCACCACGUCGACCAAGAUCUUUCAAAAGUAAACUUCGCAGCCGCCCCCAGUCCUUGACACAUGCUGAUAAUUCCUUGGUUGCAACAGAUCCACUAUGUGUAGAAAGUAAUACAACAUCAUGCCAGCAAUCUCCAGCCAGUAAAAAAGGGAUGUUCACAGAUGACUUACACAAGCUGGUGGAUGACUGGACAAAGGAAACAGUAGGAAAUUCUCUUAUUAAGCCAAGUUUAAACCAACUUAAACAGAGUCAACAAAAAUUAGAGGCAGAAAACUGGAACAAGGUAUAUGAAAAUACUCCAUCUACUAUGGGCUACACAUCAACAUGGAUUUCUUCUCUAUCCCAAAUCCGUGGAGCUGUUCCAACCUCCUUGCCACAAGGACUGCCACUCCCUUCAUUUCCUGGGCCAUUAUCAUCGUAUGGAAUGCCCCAUGUUUGUCAGUAUAAUGCCGUGGGGGGUACAGGGUAUCCAGUACAGUGGGUAGGGAUUUCAGGAACAACACAACAGUCUAUUGUAAUUCCUACCCAAUCUGGGGGACCCUUUCAGCCAGGGAUGAAUUUGCAGGCAUUUCCAGCUCCAUCAGUACAGAAUCCGGCCACAAUCCCUCCUGGUCCGAAGUGAAUCAGAGUAGAUGAUGAAGAAAAGGGAGAUUUUUUUUCAGAAUUAUUUUCAGGACACCUAAGAUAUAAAAGUUUCUUCUCCUUGGGUUCUGCCAUAUUUUGCCAUUUGAGUUUACUUUCACCUGUAUUUUUUGUUGUUCCAAUGUGGUAUUUGAUGUAGCUUAUCAUUCUGUAGAAAUGUGCAGUUUACAUAUAGUACACUGCACACAGAAAUGUUUUUCACUUCAAUCCUAUCCUCUUUGAUACUUGAUUUUUUUAAAAAAAUACCAUUCAGAAUGCUUUAAUAAGCUCAGCCUGAGCAUUACCAUUUCCAGGACACUUUCCACACAUUGCUGAGAAGCCCCCAUUUUUUACUGCUGCUAUCUGCAGCUGGAUAUUUUACUUUAAAAUAUAUAAAAAUUACCUAGAUUGAUUAUCCCCAAGCAUGGGUAAAGUGAGACCCUCCAAUAGCCAGAGUCUUGUGGGUUUCUUUACACAUUUUUCUUACGUUUACCUUUCACAGAAGGCAGGGUAACUUGCUGCAGGAAAUGUUUUGGUAUUUAAAUUUGUGAUAACUUUGUCAACCAGUACAGAAAAUGAGCCCUUUUUAAUGUGAUUUUCUUCCCGUCGUCACAGCAGUAGGAGUGAAGCCUUGUUUUGAGUGAGGCGGAGGGAAAGGAAAAAACAGAACUGUAACAGUUCCUAGAUUCUACAGAUACUAUAGCUGCUUUAGAAUUUCGGUAAUAAUUCUGAGCAGCUAUCUCUUUGUUUCUCAUGUGCACACUAUAUUGGUUUUGAGCAUCUGAGAGGCCUUGAUUUGGCUUGCAUUCUUUCGCAAGGGAUAUAUUGCAACUGAUAUGAAUUACAUUUAGGGGUAAUCCUUGUAUUCCUAACAGGGAAUUCAAGGUACACCUCUGUUGAUCCAUUUUUCUGAAGUGAAAUUUACUUGACACAGUAGGUUUUGUAGGUUUUGAGACUUACACAUGAAACACUGGCUUUACAGGGUUCUAAGAGAUGUGGGGUAUACACUGUCCUGCAGUGAGAUAGUAGACCCUAGAAGGAUACUAUUUAAGUUGCCCUUUGCUUUUUUGGAUUCCAUUUUUAGUUGUUAUAAUUUCUUAUUAGUAUCUAUAGCAUCUUAGAUGAUUUUAGAUCUUAGAUGAGUUUGGCAGCCUCUUUAGAAUCUGAUAGAGAUCACUGUCAAGUUGCACUUUACUGGGUUUUAUCCAGUCUUAGGAGGAAGGGAGGCAAUGUCAAAAUGUACUCCUUUGGUUUUUAAGAAGGUUAAAUAUAAUAAUUUUAAAAUCUGGUCACAGGGUUACCUAAUGCUCACUCUGUGAAACCCAGAUAGAAUUCUUAAAUGGUAUUUUUCAACUACCAAUUAUACAUGUUCAAACUAUUUACCUUCCACUCCAAAGAUUUCAACGUCAUUUCAGUACAUGUUUACCUAAUUAGGAGUUCUGUCUACUGGUAAACAUUCCAAAAUUUCACUCGAGAUCUUUGUUAACAGAUUUUCCUCCAUAUUCCUCUAAAAAUUGUACCCCAUGGGCUUGCCAGGUAAUGAGGAAAACAAUGGGUGUAUGUCUUUUUUUUUUUUCUUUUUGCACAGUCUACUUUGUGGCAUUAAGUACCCUUUACAAAAAAAAAAAAAGUGUCUUAGUUGCUUACCUGAGGAUCACACCCACCAUCACAAAGAUUCUGUCACUAUUACUUGGGGCAUCUAGGGCAGCAUUUUGAGAAUUGCCAUUGAUAAGAAUCAGUUUACUUUCAUAAAACAUUCUGUUUUGGAUGAGGAUGUUUUAUGAAAUGAUUUUUUCCAAAUCUUAAGUACAGAGUCUUCAAAUUUCUUCUACAGUAUUGGUUUGCAAUUUGAAAUGAUUUUAGGACAUUAGUACAAUGUAAAUGCUUGCAUUGCAGUGUUUUCCAUUGGUACAAAAGAACAAUGCUCCUAAAAUCCAUAAUUCUUUAAAACUAUUUGUGUUUCAUUAUAAUUACAUUGAGACAUACAACCUAUAAAGUGAAAGUACUCUAGGUUUUAAGACCUCCUCUUCUCUAGUUCUUUUUUAAACAAUGUACCCUAGGAUGAAAAAAAGAUCCAUGGAUGGCAUGUACAAUUACAUUUAUUAAUGGCUGCUCUAUAUCAUAUGUCCUGCAUUUUUGUUACCACCUCUGUUUUAUGUAUAAUUCAUCAUUCUUGUUUGCCUGCAGACUUUUGCAGUGCCUUGUAAUAUUUAGAAUCUUUUCAGGUUUUUGCUGGAAAGAAAUGUAGUCUUCUAAAGUUUGAAGAUGGUGAAUAGUGUACUGCUGUCUCCAUGCUGACUGCAGUAGCUGGGUUAACAUAUAUGUUAUAUAUACAUUAUGUAUAUAUAGCGUGUGUGUAAAUUAAAAACUACAGAAAAAAGUGCGUUUGUGCAGAAAUGAAGAAAACAAUGUUAUUCACAUCGCUGUGGGUUUUUAUUUCAUUUUUCUCAUUACUUAAAUGAGAUUAUAGUCACUUUGACUGUAGAUAUUGGCUAAUUUUCUAUCUAGGGGUUUUGCAUUAUUUCAUAAUUUUACUAAGUCAUAUAAUAGUGCUGUUUUCAUCCUUGCCUGAGGUACUUUUCCUUCCUAGAAAUAAUUCUUAAGAUAAAGCUCAGAAAUUCCCUUCUUACUUACAAAGAGCCUGCUAUAUAAAAAGGCCUUCUACUCAUUUCCAAAAACACACAAAUCUAUCCUUUUCAUUUUCUUUCUUGUAGAAGAGAAAAAGAUUGUGCUUAACCAUCGUACUUGUAAAGUUUAUUUGGGGGAUAGUCUGUAUGUCCAGCCACCAUGUUUACUUCUCACAGUGCAAGUCUGAUGAACAGUACUGUAUCUCCAUAUGUGGCAAUGUGAGUAUUUCAUCAUGAAGUACCUGCUGCUAUGUUUGUGAAGUUGGGUGUAAGAUCAUAAAGAAUAUGAAACCAGUAUUGGUGUAAAUCUAAAGAAAAUAACCCUAUGUAUAUUUGUAGCAGUCUUGAAUCUCUAUUUAAGGUAAUUUGCUGUAAUAUAACAAAUAUCCAUUCUGUUUUUCAUCCUUUCCUUAACAGUUUUAUAUCAAGCAUGAAAUCUCAUGGUUUGACAGCAAAAUUAUCUGUGAAAGUUUAAAAGGCACUUUUCCGCUGUGAUUUUUGGAUUGAGUUUAGAGUGUUAUGUACAGUAUGAUGGAUGUAUCAUCUUAGAACCCCAAAUUUAAUUCUAAUUCAGUUACUUUUGUUUAUCUACCUCGUUUUCAGUGCUGUUUUGGGUGCACAAGUAAACACUGCCUGUGAAACUUGCUUUUUUGCCUUGAUUCUCAGUAUUCUUUCAGAUUAUAAAUCUGGCUUGCCUCUUGGUCCCAGCACUAACCAUGGGUUUGAAAUGAGAGAGAUCAUCACUCAGCCACCAAUCUGUGUUUAAGUGAUGAGAGCCAUGUGCCUAUGUGAAAUAAGCUUAGGAGAUUUGGGGAUGGAGAGCAGAGAACUAAAUCUAAAUGGUGGUAAUAUAGGACUUAGUUGUAGGAAUUAGUUAUAAAAUAAACAAAUGAUUUAAAAGUACCUAAAUUAGUCCAGUGCCUGUAACUUUGCAUUUUUACUAGAGAUGCAUUUCUCGUCUCUGUGCCUAAAGGGCUAUGGGUUGAAAUUGCUUUAACUACCACAGUGAAAUAUUUGAAAAAUCCUACAGCAAUGACCUGUCAUUUAACGUAUUAGUGUACUGCCAAGUAUUUGUGUGAUAUUUUGUUACUUUACAAUGGUUGAAUGCAUUUAAGUUGAAUUAUAGUUGGUGGUAAGGGUUUUAUAUAACUGUCCAAUCUCUAAAGUUUAUGGCGGCAUUGACUUUAUUCCUUGCUAUAUUUUCUGAGCGAUAAAAAUGAUGCAUUCCUUUUUCCCCAAAAAAACUCAGCAAAUGUUUGUAAUUAGAUUUUCUUUGUUUCACAUGUUUACUGUGUAACACUACAGCAUAUUUAAUAUUAGUAAAAACUGUUAUUUCAGUCAUCAUGCAUAACUACAUUCCUGAGGUAUAUUUACCAUCAGUUUGAGAUUUCAGUUACUUCAUCUUCUUUUUGGGCCAUGAGGUGGUAUGCAGGCCAUUUUUUAGAAUAGAUUGUUUUUUGACUCUGUAUUUUUUCAGGGAUUUGUUUUCUCUCCCCAUGUUUAGAAGAUUAACUAGAAAAGGGUGUGUGUGUGUGUGUGUAUGUGUGUGUGUGUGUGUGUGUGUGCACAGAAAAGGCCUUUGAUUUGGUGAAUGUAAUUUCUAGGAUUAAAAUUUUUAAAAAUCCAGCUUAUAAAAUGGCAGCACUCAAACUUGGUAAGAUCCUUUGAAGUGGAAUUAGUAUGAAAUUUUUAUGGAGCCAAGUGCUUUCAAGUCACCCUGGAAAUAGUCUUUUUAUGUGAAGAAUGAACACAAACAUUGGUCAGGAACAUUGACAACCAACAUAUGUAAAGGCCUGGGGUAGUAACUAGGUUACACUAAAGUUAUUUUCAAGUGAGAUAGUUGGAAAAGUGUGCAAACCACCAGCUCCAAUUCUGGAAGGAUUUCUUAUAAUUAAGAAAAAAACUCAAAUAGAAAGGCUAAAAGUCAAGCAAGAAGGGAAGAUAGAAACUCGGCUCUGAGGGGAAAAAAAUGUGCCAGUGUAAAAUAGACUUCUAAAUGUGUGCUUGUCAUCCUUCUAGUUUUUUUAAGUUGCAUUUCUUUUCCACUAUAACUUAAGGUUUGAGGUUGAGAUUUGUGGUCCAGAAAAUACCCUCAGCAGAUAUAGUGACUAAUCGGAAAGUGCAGUUGUUCAAGGUCUGUCAUGCUCAAUCACUUAAAGCUGUAAUUUGUUUGAUAUGAAUAUUAAGCAUGUAGACCUAGUGCAGCAUGGGAGCCACUCAGGAAGUUUAUGCAAUUAAUAAACUUUCAUGCAUAAUUUACUAUGAAGUAUGCAGAAUUUCAGCCACUUCUCUACACUUAACAUUUAGUUGUAUUUGUGAAUUCUCCUUUCUUAAUUGGAGAAUGUAGCAUUAUAUAGAAUGUUGUUAAACUUAAUUUUAAUCCUUUUUGACAUUAACUUUUUUUUUGGGUAAACCAAGUGAUCUGCCUUUCAGCAGUUGUCUUAUUUUGGUUCUUUGAAACUGUGAUUUUUAUUUCAUUUGUACCCAACCAUUGUUAAGUAUUUUGUUUUGUUUCCUGGAAAUUUUGUUUUGAAAA